AUGCCGAUCCUCAAGCAACUCGUCUCCAACUCUGCCCACUCCAAGCGGCGCUCGCGGGCCGACCUGACGGCCGAAAUGAUCAGCGCGCCUCUGGGGGACUUUCGCCACACCAUGCACGUGGGGCGAGCAGGGGACGCCUUUGGGGACACCUCCUUCCUCACCAGCAAGGCGGGAGAGCCGGGGCCGGAGGUUGGCGAAGAGCCGGGUGCCUCCAAACCCAGCCUGCUCUCUCGCCGCUUCCGCAGCAGCAAGCGCUCGCAGUCGGUGACGCGAGGUGACCGGCGGGACAUGCUGGGUUCGCUGCGGGAUUCGGCGCUCUUCGUGAAGAACGCCGUCUCCCUGCCCCAGCUCAACGAGAAGGAGGUGGACAGGAGCGCGGCGCAGCUGCCCAAAAGCCUCUCCUCCAGCCCCGUCAAGAAGCUGCCCGAGGAGGUGAGCCCUGAAGAGCAGCAGCGCCCGAACGGGGCGGCCGCCGGGCCGCUGAGUCCCGGCUUGGAUGAGCGUGACUUCGGGGACAUCACGGAGCUGCCCGUCGUGGUGGCCAAGAGUGGGGUGGGCAUGAAACACGCCGAGUCCAUCAUGUCCUUCCACAUCGACCUGGGGCCCUCCAUGCUCGGGGACGUCCUAAGCAUCAUGGAUAAGGAGCAGUGGGAGCAGGAUGAAGACCCCGAGGUAGAGGAGAGCCACGAGGAGGAGGUGGAUGCCGCCCUGCCCGGCUCCCCGGCGGUGGUGACGGCAGCGGCGGCAGCCCUGCCAAGCCAGAGCCCAUCCCGCGGUGCCGGCGGCCGCUGCCCCAGGGACAGCAGUUCGGCAUCCAGCUGCACCUCGGGGCCGGAGGAGCGCAGCCCCGUUCCCGGGCCACCGAGCCAACGGGGGGGCCCCCUGAAACGCCCCGACAAGGAGUUCUCGUUCGCCGACGAAGACGAUGACGAGAUCAGAGUAUAA